AGCACCGCACCGUGCACGGCGCAGGGCUGCAGCGUGCGGACCACUGCUGCUCUCAAACAGUUAACGAUGAGUCGGAAGGUGACGACUUGUUUUGCUGUUGGCUCCCUCCGCAUCCUCCGCACACGUGAGCGCGCUCGGCGGAAGACGGAGGAGCCUCCCUCUCCCUCGCUCGGCCUCCAGGAGGGGCUGAAGGUGACUCUCUUCUCGGCGGGGAUGCAGAGGCAGCUGCCGGGCUCCGUUCGGCCCGAGACUCGAUCCUGAUCCCGCGGACAACGCGCACAGUCCCGCUGAGGAUGCAGAGGCUGUGAUCGGUCACAAAUCCGUCUGACCCCGCUGCGCUUCUGGCGUGUUUCUCUUCCUCCUGUAGAUAGAGGACACCGCAGCAUCCGUGUCCAUCUGUGAGUGUGUGUCUGUGUGUGUGUGUGAGAGUGCGUCUGUGUGUGUGCGCGUGCAUGCAUGUGUUCUGCACCGUACGGGCGGAAAAAGCGCCCACGAUCCGCAGGGAGCAUCUUCCCCGUCAGCCGCGGCGCGCAGACGGAGCCGGAGCGCAGGGAGAGCGCGGAGGAGGCCGUGGACGGCAGCAGGAUGACUGUCCAGGAGUUCAACACCCUGGUGGCUCUGUACCGGGAGCAGGUCAUCUCCAUCGGGGAGAUCUCUGCCGACUGUCCGUCACUUCGCGCUCACAUGCAACUGACCCGCUCCAAAGGAUGCUCCAUGGCCCGGGCAGCGCACCAGGACCUCACCGUCAUCUCUGGUUCAGGUCCAGAGGACGGAGAGAUCCAGCCUGAGAUCCUUCGGCUCUUCAUCCAGCUGCAGUGCUGCCUGGAGAUGUUCGUUACAGAGAUGCUGAAAUCCAUGUGCCUGCUGGGGGUGCUGCAGCUCCACAGAAAGAGAACCGAGUCGGAGCCGAAGUUGGACUUCAGGAUGGACGAGAGCUCGGACGUCCCGUUCCUGGAGGAGCGCUCGUCCUCGCCCAUAGACUUCCCUCAGGAGCAGUGGCUGGUGGGAAACGACAUCGAAAACAUAGAGAGAGACAUGCGAGAGAUGAGAAACCUACUCAGCAAACUCAGGGACACGAUGCCAUUGCCUCUGAAAAACCAAGACGACAGCAGCUUGUUGAACCUGACUCCACAGCCGCUGGUCCGACCGAGGAAGAGACGCUUCCCUGGACUCUGCUGCAUGGUGUCCGGCUGAGAGUCCCACGGCCGCAGCACUCAUAUGAGUAGUUUCUCAUUCUGUCAAGACUUUUCUUUACCUUUUCAUUUUUAUUCUGCGUUUUUUUACAAUCUGUUUUUCUCCAUCUGUUAUUUUAUUUCAUCCCAUUUAUCUUGAAAUUUACAGUUUUUCACUGGGUCAAUAUUUUGUUCUCGAGCAACUUGACUUCACGUGUAUUUUAUUGGGAAAAGUCUCCAGUAAAUAUUUACAAAUAUGUCCCCCCCCAAAAAAAACGCCAUAAUUCAUGUGCCCAAUUCCGUGGUCGUGUCCCUCAGAGGCUUCGUUAGUCAACAACAACAAACAACAACAAAGGAUGGGUCGAUCCUUCUCGGGCCGACCUAUCACAGGAUCUGUCUUGAAGCUAACGAGCUAUGUGGCUGGAAGUCGUUCUAAGAUACUUAACGAGGGACAAGCUGGAGACUUAAACAGGAAAUCCUCCGUUCGGCCUUCUUUCGGCUUCCCAGUUUACGGAGUCCUCCGGAGGCCGUGGCCCCUGAACUGGGUGACAGCUACUGUUUCAUUAGCUUUGUAAGCUAACGGGUGAGAUAAGGCUAGCUCCCGCUGGGUCCCAGGCACAGCAGGGUUUCAGUUUCAGGCUCUUGUGGAACUUUUUAUUUUUGUUUCCAGGUCGUUUUCCUCCAAACCUCUCAGUUGUACGUUAUUUUCUAUAGCUAAAGAUGAGAAAUGUAAAUAUUCCGGCUAUGCACAGGCAUUUGUAGUUUUCAGGUGUCUCACUGUGUCACACCUUCGUGUCUGAAUGUUUUACGAUGUGAGCUGUUUUAGUCUGAACAACCUCUGAUGUAUUUCCUUUGAGCGUUGUUCGGUAGAUUGCCCCCAGGUGAGUCUCUGCUGACCUGGGAGCAGUGAACGCCGUGUUCCUCUCCAGUAUUAUGGUGCCCACACAUAACCGGCACCUGUUAUUACAAAUAAUGUCGCUGUAGAAAAGAAUAUGUGUAAAAAUAAACAUAUAAUGGCAGAUAAGAAAAUAACUGUUUCAAAGCUUUGCCUAAACUUCAACUUUUAAAAGGUCAUCAGCAUCUUCGUUUUCUUCGCCGC